AACAAUGAUUGCUCAAGGCCUACGAAAACGGAACCAUUUCGAAGCGACCGAGUCCCAACAGGCCGACAGCGACGCCACAAACACAGCUCAGCCAAAGAUCAGAGCUUUGAUAAUCAAUCGGGAAGCGGACGACUCCGAUGAAGAGCGAGAGCUCACAAAUCUUAAUUGGCUCUUACGAAACCAGAGCUUGACUUGGCCAAAAACAAUAGAUGAGACCGUUCCAGAUGAUGAGAAUGUUCAUCAAACUGACUUCAAUGUAACAGAAGCGGCAAAUGAGGGAAGUCGGCAGAAACAACACCAAGGAGAGAACCCGCGUCAACAGCCAACAAAAAGCAAGCACUCCAUAAGGGCUCUGGUUGCGUUUCCAACUCAAAACAAGCAUCCGAUUGCCUCACAACAAAGUUCACCAUCAAAACGUCCGACUCCAGCAGAGCGUUACGAAAUUUUUAUCAACAAAAUCAAACGCGAUUUGGCGGAAUAUGAAAAGUCGGCAACCAACUAUGAGACAGACGUAACUGAGAAGCCACCGUUCAACUAUUCCCAUAUUAUUGGCAUGGCCAUGCUUGAGAAUGGACGUGUCACACUUCAGCAAAUAUGCGCGUGGAUUGAAUCGAAGUUCGCAUUUUUCCGAGUCCGCAAGAAGUGGAAUAACUCCAUCAGGCAUAACUUGUCGCUGCAUCAUUGUUUUCGUAAAAUCGACCGGAAGCGCGAGGAAAAGGGAAAAGGCGGGUAUUGGGAGUUGGGCGUGGAUCCAAAGAAAUGUGAUAGGAAACGCAUACGAAAUCGGAAAACAGCGCAACCCAAGCAGACCUCAGUCCAAAGUGUGCUAACGGACAGUAGCCCACUGGAUCAACAAGCUCGUGAGCUCGAAGCAAUGCCUAUCUUAAAUGUGGGUGGUGUCAGUGAAAACGAGGAGGAAUUGGUCGCAGUCGCCCAAGCGGCUGAGACGGUCUAUAGCAUUUUUGAUGAGCACGACCAGCAGGUGGCAUUAAUGACGCCGUUGCCCACUUAUGCACAGCUAGCUGAGAAGGCGACCAUUAACCAAACCCUGCAGUCAGAGCAGCAACAGCAACUCCCCGAUCGAAUCGAUGUGAAUUUGUCCAGCGUGCCCAUCUCUCAAUUAGACAAUGGCGGGGGCGUCGCCGCCUCAUUUUGCUCCGAAGCUUUUCCCACGACCAUCGAGAGUGCAGGUCUGCAACAGCAAUAUGAACUGGGCACCAUAAUUAUAAGCACUACGGGGAUCAUUGACGACUCGACGACGGCGGCUGGCCUCAACUAUCUAAUCUCUGAUAAAUUUGGCUGUCCGAGCAUGAUUUACGCCGAGGAUGAGGUACCGCCGGCUAGCGAGAAUAUUGUCAUAUCAUCGCAUAUGUCGACAGUGCUUGCUUCGGUUACGGAUGACAUGGAUGCCAAUAUGGAUGUGGAUGGGGCUUUGAUAGCACCUGCCGUCUCGAGCUCCGAACUGUUGAGCGGUUCGGAGACUUUCCCAAUUUCAGCUGGUAGUCUGACUAUUAAUUGCGAUUACGCCAAUUUCCGCCCCUACAUGGAUGGCAUCGAUGAGCCAUUCCAAUACCUCCACAGCACAGAGAUCAAUCGGAAUGAGGACAUCUUAGACAACCUGCUUGACGUUUGUGUUAGAGACUAUUGA